CUCGCCGAGCGCAGCUUCGAGCGCGCCAAGCAGCUCCUGCAGCGCGGCGCCGGCACCCAGCGCGCCCGCGACGAGGCCCUGGCCAGCCUGCAGACCGCCCGCGCCGCGGUGGAGCUGGCCGAGGCGCGCCUGACCAAGACCACCAUCGAGGCCCCCUUCGCCGGGAUCGCCGGCCUGCGCCGGGUCAGCAUGGGCGACUUCGUCACGGUCGGCCAGGACAUGGUCAACCUGGAGAACAUCGACCCGGUGAAGGUCGACUUCGCCAUCCCCGAGCGCUUCCUCGGCGAUCUCGACAGCGGCCAGACCGUGCGGAUGACCGCCGACGCCUUCCCGGGCGAGACCUUCGCGGGCGAGGUCUACGCGGUGAACCCGCGGAUCGACCCGGCCGGCCGCAGCAUCCAGGUGCGCGCGCGCAUCGACAACAGCCAGCGGCGGUUGCGCCCCGGGCUGUUCGUGCGGGUCAACCUGGAGCUGGAGGCGGUGGUGCCGCGCGGCGAGCAGCGCUUCGUCUACAAGAUCGUCGACGGCAAGGCGGUGAUGACGCCGGUGGUGAUCGGCCAGCGCCGCUUCGGCGAGGCCGAGAUCCGCGAGGGCCUGGCCGAGGGCGACACGGUGGCGCGGCGGCCGAUGAAGAUCUCCGAACUCUGCAUCCGGCGGCCGGUCUUCGCGACGGUGCUCUCGCUCGCCAUCGUGCUGAUCGGCCUGGUCAGCUACGAGCGGCUGACCGUGCGAGAAUACCCGGAAAUCGAUCCGCCGGUGGUCAACGUCGAGACCACCUACCGCGGCGCCAGUCCGGAGAUCGUCGAGACCCAGGUCACCCAGAUCCUGGAGGAGCAGCUCUCCG